ACUUUCAAAACACUUAUGUAUUUGUAUCAUUGCCUGUAUAAUAAUGUAAUGCAUGUAGUGGUACUUAGUGGUUAUCCAUGAAUGAAUGAAUGAAUAAGUUUGUGUUUUCAGUUUUUUACAGGUUGCUAACGAUGAUGCAACAUAACUUUUCAAGUUUUAAUUAAACAAAUGCUAUGGUUUAAGCAGCUUGUAUAUUUUAUAGGGCUUGGUUACGUUCCCAGGCCACAAUGCAAGCAUUAACUGCAUUUUAUAAAAGCUCAUGCCACAGUAAGGUUUCGCUUAGUCCAUUCGAAGGCAGCGGCACUAAAAAAAUGAACAACUUAUUAAUCGCAUGACGCCGACCGAUUGCGCCGUUUGUUUAAGUAAGGUGCUGGGAGGAUAGCUUGCCUGAUAUAUAAUAAUAAUAAUAAAUGGGAGUUUUUUGCGCAGCAUACUUAGAAGAAAAAAAUGAUUAUACGGAUUUAUAUGUUUGUUAUGUGCCGUAUUUGUUUGUUGCAUUUCGAAUUCACGUCUGCCAUACAGUGGAACGCAGUAAAAUCCAUGUACUUGGUUUCCACUUACAUUGAUUCUAGCGUCGAAGAUGAGAGCGUGUCAUCUGAGAAUACACCUGUAUUAAAUUUAAAGGCUGCGAUUAGUCUAAAAACGGAUCAGUUAAUGGAAAAUGAAAAGAAAUAUGCAAUAAAUCGAAUUUUUGGUGGUAGCGAGGCCCUGCCAAAUUCAUUUGCUUAUCAAGUUGGAUUUUUAUUGCAGCGACCGAGAGGUUUAUAUUGGUGUGGUGGCUCUCUAAUUUCCCAGGAAUAUGUGUUAACGGCUGCUCAUUGCGUUGACAUGGCUUCGCGUGCCCUAGUUUUUCUCGGAGCUCAUGAUAUCAAAGAUGCUAACGAAUCUGGCCAAAUGAGAUUAAUGGUACAUUCCCAUGAUUUUAUCAUUUUCCCUACAUGGAGCCCACGAAAACUGAAAGAUGACAUUGCAUUAGUGCAUUUACCUACGCCAGUUAGUUAUAAUGAACGUAUUCAACCCAUUCAGCUACCUUAUCGCGAAUAUGCCUAUCGAAGUUUUGAAAAUAAGCUUGCGAUCGCAUCUGGAUGGGGGCGCUACGUAUCUGGCGUUCAUGCAAUCAGUAACGUAUUGCGCUAUGUACGACUACGCAUAGUAGAUGGCAAAACAUGCAAAAGAAGCUACCCAUUCUCGUAUAGAUCGACUAACGUAUGUACAAGUGGCGCUAACCAAAAAUCCACCUGCAAUGGAGAUUCGGGUGGCCCGCUAGUACUACAACGGAGAAACUCCAAGCAAAGAGUGCUUGUGGGGAUAACGUCAUUCGGCAGUAUCUUGGGUUGUGAUCGCGGUUUUCCAGCUGCAUUCACCAAAGUCGCUUCCUAUUUAGAUUGGAUUAGUGAUGAAACGGGUAUAGAUCCUGGCGAUGAUAGAUGGAAUACAAUCAGCUUUAAGGAGAUAUCCAAAAAACAUCAUUACAAAUACAAAGAUAGAGAUGUUACCAAUGCUGAUACAUUUCACACCAAUUUCAAACACUACCCUGAUGCAGAGUUAUUAGAUAUAACUCUUGUUGAUAGUGUCAACUAUAAUACACCUUUUCAAAGGCAAAAGAAAGAUUACAGCAUAUUUGUGUUUCACUAAUGGUUUGAGGAAAAAUAAAUGCUUUAUUCCCAUAAAAGGUUGCGAGUAUAUAAUAUUCAGUCUGUCCUAUAUAAAUAAAACGCAAACAA